GCGGCCCUUCCCCUCCGGGGCGGGGCUUCUGCCUAACGGCCACGGGGGCGGGGCGCAGCCGUGACGUCAGGGCGAGGGCGCCGGGCUGGCGGAUGAGAAGGCGGCUGGGUGGCCGUGCGGCGCCUCAGCCAGCGGGAGCCCCCGAGGCUCCAUGCCGGCUGCUGCCCGCUCCGGGCUAACGCCUGGCAGCGGCCCCGGCCCCUAUGAACCCGGCCCGGCCGCGCUCCGCUUCGCCUCAGAAAUUCAGCCCGAGCUUUGAGAACAGCACCAUUGAGAAACAGAGGCGAGAGCUCCAGGCUUUAAUCGCAGAACUGAAAGACCGUGAUGAGGAGCUGAACGCCAUGGUUGCCGUGCACCAGACGGAGCGUCUCGCCUGGGAAGAUGAUCGGCAGAAAAUACUGACUCUGGCGGAACGAUGCGCCUUAUUAAACAAUGAACUGAACAAGAGAAAUGACGUUAUAAAAUCACUAACCAAAAAGUUAAAGCUCUUAGAAUCUCAGCAGAGUGACAGUAAGACAAUAUGUGAAAUUACGCAACAGAAGUUUAAAGAGCUGUCUCAAAAACUAACAGACGUGACUCUUCACUGUCAGGGUCUGGAGGAGGAAAAUCAAAUUCUCCGCUGCUCAGUUUUGGAACUGUCUGCUAAAAAAGGCCAGCUGCUAGCUAGAGAACAGGAGCUUCUUAAAAAGCUUGAGCUGAAGGGAGAGGCUAUACUUGAAACAACUGAUUACAUUACUGAGUUUACAUCUAAAUUGAAGCUGGAGAGUGCACUGCGUGCAGCAAAGGCAGAAGAAUUCAGUCUCAACAAAGAAAAGCAGGAUCUCAGACUGAGACUGAGAGAACUAAUACUUGAAACAGAUGAGCUGAAAGAUGACCUCUGUGAAAAGAUGAAAGAAAAUAAUAAGCAGGAGGAAGAAAUCAUUCACCUCAAACAAGAAAAUGCCUCCUUGAAGAAUGAGCUUGCGCUUAAUGUUGAGAAAGCAAAGAGAAAGGAUCAACUUCUUCAGUUUGCCAAGUCUAAACAAGUACGGACUGACACAGAACUAUCAAGUUUGCGACAGCAGAUCUAUGUAAAACAGCAGCGUGACUUGCAGUUUCUUCAUGUCAGCUUGGAGAACUCUCAGGAAUUAAGGCAAAAGCAUGAAAAGGUGGCAUAUGAAAGGAGCAUAGGUACGGUAUUCCCUGCUCCUGAAAGUAACAGCCAGACAGAGUCAGUUAGGACUGACGGUACCCACAGGGUACAUGAGGAUCAUGGAACUGCACAAGUUCUGAAAAGCAGGGUAGAAAACACCUCUGAGAUGUGUGAAGUAGAUAAUAGACUGUUACUGGAUGCAUCAGGCUUGGAGAAAACUACAUCAGCACACUUAAAUCGGUGUCAAAAAGUUGUGAAAGGCUUGGCAAUGGAAGAAGAAGAAAAGCAGGAUGUUGCAUCAAGCUCUGAUGAGCUAGACAGCAAGCUAUUUUAUGAGGCUAACAACAUGAGGCUGUUGAGAAACAGGGAAAUCUCCGAGAAUGAAGUGGAAAGCAGAGACCAGCAAACUUUUGAGUCAUCGUCACCUGAAUACUGGCUUAACAUCACUUCUUGUGUAGAUUCGCAAAAUACCUUGAUCCAGAAAGCCACAUCUGACAAAGCUGAUAAUGAAAAUAAAACCUGGGAAGAGAGAACUGGAAUUCUGUUUGGCCAAAAAAGCAAAGAGACUUCUGUUGCGAUUCACGCAUCUGAAUCUGAUUCUUUUAGUAGUAACGUCAUCAUUAAAAAAGAUGCAAGGUGGAAGCCAAUAUCAGAUCCAGAAUGGCUGAAGAUUUUCAAACCUAUAAAAGAAAACGGAAGUAAAUUGCAGAGAAAAGAUUGCAACUGUCUCAAGACUGCAGAAGAGAUGAAAUAUGCCAGUUCAAAAAGUGAAGAAAAUGUGGAUCUGAAUUCUUUUCACUUGGAUUCUCCCCGUUGUUUGACUUCCACCCAGAAAGGAGACAGACCUCAAAGAUGUGAGAAGUUCUCUGAUGCAAACUCCCCUCUGGACAUCGGUAACCUUUCAGUGAUUGAGCCAAAAAAUAGAUGCUGCAAUCCUACCAUCAACAAAGAUGCCCGUUACCCCACAAGUAAGCUGCAGCGUGCGUUGGCCGAGUCUCAACAGAUGGUUGCUGAUCUGGAGCUUAGCACUCUCCUCCACAUGAGCCCUCACUGCAGUCCAAACAGCAGCAGCAUUAAUACGUAGAGAAAACGCCUGCAUGCCUUCAUAUGAAAUGCUUGGAUUUUUUUAUAGGAUUCUUUAUGGCUCCUCAAGGUCGUGACAGGAUUUGACUUUUGCAUGUGUCUAAGCAGAUGGAAGGAAGAAGGCAUUUUGGAGCAAGCUGUAGGAGGUCUAGAAAAAAGCAAGCACAAGUAUGACUUGCACUCAGAACUGGUUUAUUAUGCUGGCUAUACUUGUGGAAAGGAGGACAGUACGGGAAAUGGUGAUAUAUAGAAUAGUUUUGUGUCUGAAUUUAAGCCUGACUCUCAGUGUAAAUAACCUUUGAAUUUUUGUUGGUUAAUAGUUUUAGUUCUUUCAUUCCAGGGUCAGAGAGCAUACUGAAGGGGCAAAGAACCCGUAUAAUAGCUGUCACAGCAAUGCAUUUUAUGAACAUGAACUCUGAUAGGAAGUUUCUGUCCUGAGUAUGUGAGCUACAGGAGUAAUUGGAGAAGGGGGCACUUGUUUGUUUUCAUAAAUAGCCUUAAGAAUUUCUGCUUCAUUUGACAAGAUUUGUAACAAAGGAGAUUGUAUCACUUGUCACUAGGACUGAGUAAACUUGUGUUGAUAUGUAUCACAAAGGGAGAAUUUGGGCUCCUAAUGACAAAGCUGCAUGCUGAAACUUCAUCUGUGCUUUCCUCUGGAAGUAUUACCUCUCCCUAAAAAUGUUGCACUCCGUAAGGCCUUAGAUGAACUUGACCAGAACAAUGUUCCUGUAAGUACCAGACAAACAAAAGUAAUUCUGAUAACAUUCAGAACCAAAAAACCUUAGUUGUGCUGGGACCGACUGAUGGAGGAUAAAGGUUGUGUGCCAGCAUUUGCAUAAGCUGAAAGGAUAUUUUGUUCAGAAGUUCAUCUGCAGGAUUUCAUUCAGCCUGAAAGACGGCAACAGUGUAGUCCUUUGCAAAGACUGUCUUGUGGGAUGGAUUCCUGAAAAGCCCUCUGCAAAACAGUAGUUGCUUGUGGCUCUUGCCCAGCCCCAUCAGAUGUCUGGCUCCUGCUCUGAUUGGCAUGCCACAGCUCGGCUGAACCAGCCGUCCUUUAGGCGAGAGCACGACUCUGCUUUACAACCUGACACUGCGUUUUUGAGCUUGGGAAUUGGCUUCUCCUUUGGAAUGGCUGUUGCUUCGGCGGGUAGAAAAUAAAGCACGCUCAUAUUUGCUGGCAAGGGUAGCUUCUGCACCACAUCUGUAGAACUUUGAUCUACUUUCAGAGCAGUUCUGGGCAAAAACUUGUCAAGCAUGUUCUGGUUAAUCUAUGCAGGCUAACUAAUCUGUGCUUAAAACCAGGUCUACCUGAGGCUGUUUUAAACUGCUCUUUAAAACACGAUACAUGUGAAAAAUAACCCUUAAAAUUUAAUCAACGAGAAUUUGUGUCUGAUGAAUUCUGUGCCCUUUUUGGGGGAGGGGGGAGAAGAGGAGGGAAAUAAAAAGUGUACCAUUGCUGCCUGCC